CGCAGGUUAUUAGUCAGACCUGACCAGGUGAGGUGACGUUCCUCAGCCUCGCCGACUGGAGGAAACCGGCGACUCUUCCCUUUUUGGAGUCAACAGGCUUCAGUCACCUCAAUUAUUAAUACCUUAAUGAUCCUGAGCGAUGGAUAAAUUAAAAUCGGUUUUAAGUGGCGAGGAGUCGCGCAGAGACGACCGGACCGUUUUACAGACUGUCAAUGAAGCCUCCUCUCUGAGCUGGGCCACACGCGUGAAGGGCUUCGUGGGCUGUUUCGUGGUGGGGGGCGUGUGCACCAUCUUGGGUAUAUGUAUGCUCUUCCUGCCCAAGAUCGGCCUCACUCUCUUCAUUGUCUUUUACACUUUUGGAAACAUAUGCACUUUAGGAAGCACCAUGUUUCUGAUGGGGCCGAUGAAGCAGUUGAAAAGGAUGUGUGAUAAAACAAGAGCACUGGCCACAACUAUUAUGAUCACCUGCCUUGUCUUGACUCUCUGUGCUGCAUUCUGGUGGAAGAACUUUGGACUUGCUUUGUUAUUUUGCAUCCUGCAAAUCUUGGCAUUUACUUGGUACAGCCUGUCGUACAUCCCGUGUGUGAGGGAGGCGAUUCUGAAGUUGGUGUCUAAAUGCAUAUGUUAGCGCCGACAGCUGGAUGGACGUGUGGGGCAGGUCUCUUACUGAAGCUGCAAAACCUUUAGGGUCUUUUUGCUUUACAGCUCCUCUGUAUUUCUUUUAUCUGAUUAAUAUUGGUUAUGUGUUGAUUAUUUCAGUUUUAAUGCAUAUUGGCACAUAUGUGUAUAAUUAUAUGUAAUAAAUACAUGUUUAAUUGUUGCAAACAAAGGACAUGGUUAUUUUUACUGAUAUGUAUUAAUGCAAUCAUAAUAUUUAAAUAAUUAAGAUAUACAUUUUUUAAGUGAUCAGUAUCAACAGAUGUCAACAGGUGUAUAUUCAUUCAUUCAUUCAUUCUGGCAAAAACUUCCAGUCAAAAUUCAACGCCUGGCAUUGGUACAGGCCUUUACCCCGGCUUGACCUACCUAAAAAUAAAAAAUCUUACUCCAUAGCUACUGUCAUUGCACACUUAUCCCAGUUACAACCAGCUUAGCUGUAUCUCCUUAUCCUGGUUUUGCAAAUAGAGAUAAUCUUUCAUAGCUCAAUUUAGUUUAAGGUGCAUUACUGAAAUUGUGUUGUGGCUGCUGGCAUGUGUACAUGUGUAGAUCUUUGUCCACGAUUCAAUGAUGAUAAAUAUAAUAAAGAUUCAAAUAACAAUA